CUCUCGCCUAAAAAUAGAGGUAUUCCCAAACCGAACCAGGCUCCAUUAUCAUCCCCCCAUUCAUUACGACCUUUGUCUUCUUCGCCCCUCUCCCUCUCUCACAUCCUUUAACACUCGUACAUACAUGCAAGAAAAUACACAUCUAGAGAGAGAGAGAGAGAGAGAGAGAGAGAGAGUAUAAGUGGGUGAGGAGACAGGAGAGAUGACGACGAUACUUCAACUCAAUCUCCCUCUCUCCUCCUCCUCCUCCUCCUCAUCUUCUUCUUCUAACUUCUUUCCAAUACCCUUUCGAAGUAACGUCCGAUUUCCCGCGUUUCCGCAUUUCUCGGUUUCCAAUCACUCCAAUCUCCGCCCAACCAAUUCGCCUGUUUUACGAAUUCCUGCUUCCAAAUUUGACGAGUCAAAGAUCACUUGUUCUGCAAAAGUUGGGGAGCUACAGGGUUCUGAAAGUGUGAAGGAGAAAAGUGUCUCUGUGAUUCUUCUGGCUGGAGGAAAGGGAAAAAGAAUGGGGGCAAGCAUGCCAAAGCAGUAUCUUCCACUUCUGGGCCAGCCUAUUGCCUUGUAUAGCUUCUACACUUUCUCGCACAUGAUUGAAGUGAAGGAGAUUGUCGUAGUUUGUGAUCCUUCUUACAAGGACAUUUUUCAAGACACCAAAGAGAAGAUUCAUGUAGACCUGAAGUUCGCAUUACCUGGAAAGGAGAGACAAGAUUCUGUGUACAGUGGACUUCAGGCAGUGGAUUUGAAUUCUGAACUUGUGUGCAUCCAUGAUUCUGCAAGACCACUGGUGACCCCUGGAGAUGUCAAAAAGGUUCUUAAGGAUGGUUGGCUGAAUGGAGCGGCAGUACUUGGUGUUCCUGCUAAAGCUACCAUAAAAGAGGCAAAUAGUGAAUCCUUUGUUGUAAGGACUCUGGACAGGAAAACACUUUGGGAAAUGCAGACCCCACAGGUCAUCAAGCCAGAGUUGCUCAAGGAGGGUUUUGAACUCGUCAAUAGGGAUGGCCUUGAAGUCACUGAUGAUGUGUCUAUCGUGGAGCACCUGAAACAUCCUGUCUACAUAACUGAAGGAUCUUAUACCAACAUCAAGGUUACUACCCCUGAUGAUUUACUGCUUGCAGAAAGGAUAUUGAGUACCAGCUAGGUCUGCAUAGGCAUCCUAGGAAAAUUCACCCUCUUUUUUGCCCUCCUUUUUGUUGUUCCAUUCUUUAGGCAGAUUGGGAAAACACAUUGUAAAUAAGCAUGUCUAUGUGAGGGUUUUGGUAAGGUUUAAUGAAAAUACUUCACUCAAAAUAUUAGAGGACAAUGAACUAAUGGGAAAGAAGAUGGUUCUGAUUAUAAAUGUUUGUACCGGAAGAUUCUGAAGUAUAAUCGGUAGUCUGUAAAUUGAGAGGUACUGAGAUCUCUAUUUUGUCAUGGUAGAAAAUGAUGGAGAGCUAGUUUUGUU